AUGGGCCAAGGAGAGUCAGUUUUUCAGGGUAAUGAUUUAGAAGAUUAUAAGGCAUUAACUUUUUUAACUGGUCCUGAAAUUACACAAGUUCUAAAAAGAUUUCGUGAACUUGUAGCAAUAAAUAAGCCGCAUCAAAGUUAUACUAAAUGGCGUCUAUCGAAAAAACAAGCUGUUAAUAUAAAUGAACUUUAUCAAAAUCCAUUUCGUGAACGAAUUGUUGAGGUAUUUUCUUCACAAAAUGAUGGUUCAAUUUCAUUUGAAGAUUUUCUUGAUAUGAUGAGUGUUUUUUCAGAAAAAGCACCAAAAUCUGUUAAAGUUUCUUAUGCAUUCAAAAUUUAUCAAGGAAUUUAUAAAGGUGAACGACCAGGGGGCGCUGCGGCGACUCCAAAUGCUAUUGAUUUGUAUGAUAUCAGAGAAAUUGUUCAUCGUUUAUCAGGAGAAAAUUUUGCUGAUGAAGAAUUAACCAAAAUUGCCGAAGCGGUUAUAAAUGAAGUUGAUCUUCGCGAUGAUAAAACAAUUACUUCUGAAAUUUUUGAAUAUUUUCUUUCUAAUGUACCAGAUUUUCCAUCAUCGUUUGUAAUUCCAUUGAGUGAUGGAAAAGAAGAUCGACAUGUAACAUCAACAGUUUCUGUUCAACCUGAUGCAACAGUACCAUCAGUAAAACAUCGAAGACAUAGACAAAAUGUAUAA